AUGGGGAGCCUCUCGUACAGCAAUUCGCCGUCUCUUGGCUGGGUCGUCCAGAAAUUCGGCGGUACCAGCGUGGGCAAGUUUCCGGACAAGAUUGCAAGGGAUAUUGUCAGAACCACAUUGUCUCAGAACAGGGUCAUCGUCGUCUGCUCAGCCAGAAGCACGGGUAAGAAAGCAGAGGGCACCACCAGCCGAUUACUCGCUGUCUAUGGCAAGCUCAGGGGCGUUGGCGCUGCCAUAGCAAUUGACGAGGAGCAGCAGAACGAAUUGGUUGAGCAGGCUCGUGGAUUAAUGCUCGAUAUCUGCAACGACCACGUCUUUGCUGCCGAGGCUUUCAUCAAAGAUCAAUCUCUGCGUGAUACGCUCAUACAGACCAUCAAGGAUGAAUGUCAAGAGCUAGUCGAGUAUAUUGUUGCUGCCAAGCGAUUCAAUCUCGAAAUCAACUCAAGAGCAAAGGAUCGUGUUAUUAGCUUCGGUGAGAAGUUGAGCUGUCGGUUCAUGGCGGCCCUUUUGCAAGAUAUGGGCGUCGAAUCUGAGUAUGUCGAUCUUUGCGACUCAUUCCACUAUGAUGCUGCGGGCAGACUCGACGAUAAGUUCUACCGCACCGCUUCUGAGGCAUUCACCCGCAAGAUUGCCGCCUGUGAGAGCCGCAUCCCCGUUGUCACUGGUUUCUUCGGCAAUGUCCCUGGUAGUCUCAUCGACGGUGACAUUGGCCGCGGCUACACUGACCUGUGCGCCGCUCUCUGCGCCGUGGGUGUCAAGGCAGAGGAACUUCAGGUCUGGAAGGAGGUUGAUGGCAUCUUCUCGGCUGAUCCGUCCAAGGUGCCCACGGCACGCCUGCUCUCAUCUAUCACACCCUCGGAAGCAGCUGAGCUGACCUUCUAUGGCUCAGAGGUCAUUCACCAUCUCACCAUGGAUCAGGUCAUUCGUGCUGAGCCGCCAAUUCCUAUUCGCAUUAAGAACGUGAAGAACCCCCGCGGCAAUGGCACCAUUGUUGUUCCUGAUCGCAUGCGCACGGCUAGUCAUCAACUUACACGCGGCUCUCCCAAGCUUGAAGCCGACCACAAGAAGCCCAAGAGACCUACUGCCGUCACCAUCAAGGAUCACAUCAGCGUCAUCAACGUGCACUCAAAUAAGAGGUCUAUCUCGCACGGUUUCUUUGCCCGCGUCUUUCGCAUUCUCGACACCUACUCCAUCUCUGUCGACCUAAUUUCUACUUCCGAGGUGCACGUCUCCAUGGCCAUCCACUCGAGCAGCCAACAGGUCGAGGCCUUUGGCAAGGUUACCGAGGAGCUCGCAGAGUGUGGUGAUGUGAGCGUGCUCAGCGACAUGGCUAUUCUGAGCUUGGUGGGUUCUGAGAUGAAGAACAUGGUUGGUAUUGCAGGCCGCAUGUUUUCUACUCUUGGUGAACAUAACGUCAACCUCGAGAUGAUCUCGCAGGGUGCCAGCGAGAUCAACAUUUCCUGCGUGAUAAACGCAAGAGAUGCUACUCGGGCUAUGAAUGUAUUGCAUACCCAUCUCUUUACCUUCCUUGAGUAG